CAAACAGACGGACCUCGAUAGUCAACUUUCGUCACCUCAUCGCUGUUCUGUCACUGUAGCUGGUUAUCUGCUGUGAGAUAAAAUAAUUAUAUACGAUCCCGAUCAAGAGAAAAUCGUCAAAUCUCACUAGACCUUGGAAAUGUCGGGUACCAUUCGAGAAACGCCAGCAGAUUUCAGAAGCAGCGAUUUAAUAAGCCGUUUAUUAGCUGCUACACCUCCAUACCAAACAAAUUCCACAUUUGUACCACCGGGAUUUUAUUUUAGCGAAAUGUUGAAGCGUUUUGUACAAGCGAAAACGUGCACCCCAUUGACAGUAAAUAAAAGAGGGAGAAAACGAAGCUGGAAAGACAACAGCAAAACUGAUCCCUCUCAAGCAGAAUCCAAGCAGAGUAAAAUAGAAUUUACUCCAGUUCCACCUACAUCAUCCGAACCUCAGUUUCCCGUGUGGUAUCCUCAUUUUUAUCCACCAACUUAUCCACCUAUGUACUUCAAAACACCGGAAGCAGAACCGUUGAACUUGCAGAUGCGUUCGGACCCGAUAAAACAAGACAGACAUUAUUCGGCAUUUAGAGUACCGGAACCGUCCAAGGUAGAAGAGCUCGAUAAAAUCAAUAACAGGCAGGGAACGAACUAUUUGAUGGGAAACUUGACUAAAAUUUAUAAACAAGUAACCCCGGAAGAGGAAAAAGUGAUUGACGUAGAAGGAGACGAGUCGACCGAAACGGAAAUUUCUAAACCAGAAGAAGGUGAAAAAAAGGAUUGCAAAGAUUUGACAGCACUUAUCGGUUUAGAGUUAGUCGUAGACUAUGUUAAACAUGGUAAAAACAAAAGCGAGCAAAAUGAGCAAACAGUCAGGUGCUGUCAAAACUCAUAAUAUACUUAUUAAAUUGUUUACUGCAUUAAUUGGUAAUGAUUUAUAUUUUACAAUACCAUGUGGUAUCUCAAAGAUGAUUACAAUAAAACAAUGAACUAUACUUACAUAGUUCGAUUUCAACUAUAGGCUAUAAUAUAUCAUAGCUUACUUAGGUUCUAAGACACGGAAAGACCUGCUUACUAAAAAGAAAGAUUUCGUCCCUAAAACUUAAAAGAAAUUCAUACUAGAAAAAUAAAAUUAAAAAAUAAAUUGAUUUAUUUGUCUAUAAAUAAGACAUAUUUUUGCAAAUAUUUGCAAACAAUAAUAACAUAUUUACUCAUAACCGAGUUAAUUAAAAAAAUGUAUAUUUAGUGUCCUUUUAAUCACUAAAAUGAGGUAACUCGUUUUAAACAAAAAUAUUUAUAUUAAUCGUGUGAGGAGGGUGUUUUGUUGUUUUAUUCUGUAGUCCUUACUUCUAAAAAUAUCUAAAAUUCUGACUUUCUCGAUCUCUUUAAACACUAAUAUUCAUUAUGGUUAAAUGUAUGAACUUUUUGGUUUUAUUAGUUAAUACAAAGGUGAGAACUAUAAAACAAAUUUAUUAGUUAUUAGAUUUACAUUGCUGCAUAAAUUAUU